GCUGCGCAAGGCGGGCUGCGGGCCGCGCUACGGGCCGCGCUGCGGGGCUCUGCCGUGCGCCUGGCCCGGCGCCGCCCCGCACGGUGCGUACCGCGCCGCCUCGGGGGGACCGGGAACGGGACGGGGGCGGGCGGCGCCGCGGGGAUCGGCGCUGCGGGGAUGGGGCCGCCGGUUCGAGAGCCGGGACGAGGGAGCGGGGCGGGGGGAGCCGCGCCGAGGGGGUGCGGCCGCGGGGGUCGGGUCGGGGCGGUGCGGGUCGGGGCGGUGCGGGGUCGGGGCUUUGGGGCCGCGGGUUCGAGACCCGGGCGGUGCGGGUCGCGCUGAGAGGGUCCCAGCGCCGCGGGUUCGGGGCCCGGGCAGCGGCUGUGGGGAGUGGGCUGUGGGGGAGGGGUCGGACCCGGAGGGGUCGCAGCGGGACCCGUCCCGUCCCGUCCCGUCCCGUCGCGUUGGUGCGGGGCCGCCCGGGCCCGCGGGGCCGCCCGGGGCCGUGAAUCAGAGCUGGGGCGGGGCGGGGUGAGUCAGUGCGGGGGGAGAGAGCGUGAGAGCUGAGUGUGAGUGAGUGUGAGUGGGUGUGAGUGAGUGUGAGUGCGAGAACGUGAGCGUGAGUGAGGGACAGCGGUGAGUGUGAGCGCGUGUGAGGGGCUGUGAUUUUGUGUGCCGGGCGCUGUGUGUGUGUAUAUGUGUGUGUAUAUGUGUGUAUGUGUGUGUGUGUGUGUGUGUGUGUGUGUGCAACACGGCGCACAGUGUGUGUGAGUGCUGAGCGCUGCGGCUGUGCCAGGCCGGGCUUUGCGUGUGGAAGUUGUGCGGCUGUGAGUGUGAGGGCGGCGCGGCCGCGUGUGGGAGCCGUGAGCAGCUGUGUGUGCACAGCGGGGCUGUGUGUGCGCUGAUGGCGCUGAGACGCAGAGCAGCAGCUCGGAGGAGAUGGUGCCCAAUUCGCCCUCCCCGCCGCCGCCGCCGCGCGUCUACAAACCGUGCUUCGUCUGCAGCGACAAAUCCUCGGGGUACCACUACGGCGUCAGCUCCUGCGAGGGCUGCAAGGGUUUCUUCCGCCGCAGCAUCCAGAAGAACAUGGUGUACACGUGCCACCGCGACAAGAACUGCCAGAUCAACAAGGUGACGCGCAACCGCUGCCAGUUCUGCCGCCUGCAGAAGUGCUUCGAGGUCGGCAUGUCCAAGGAAGCCGUGCGCAAUGACCGCAAUAAGAAGAAGAAGGAGGUGAAGGAGGAGGCGGCCGACAGCCCCGAGCUGAGCCCGGCGCUGGAGGAGCUGAUCCAGAAGGUCAGCAGGGCGCACCAGGAGACCUUCCCCUCACUGUGCCAGCUGGGCAAAUACACCAUGAGCUCGAGCGCUCAGCACCGCGUGCAGUUGGACCCGGGGCUGUGGGACAAAUUCAGCGAGUUGGCCACCAAAUGCAUCAUCAAGAUCGUGGAGUUCGCCAAGCGCCUGCCGGGCUUCACCGCGCUCAGCAUCGCCGAUCAGAUCACGCUGCUCAAAGCCGCCUGCCUGGACAUCCUGAUGCUGCGGAUCUGCACGCGCUACACCCCCGAGCAGGACACCAUGACCUUCUCGGACGGGCUGACGCUGAACCGCACGCAGAUGCACAACGCCGGCUUCGGGCCGCUCACAGACCUGGUGUUCGCCUUCGCCGGGCAGCUGCUGCCGCUGGAGAUGGACGACACCGAAACCGGGCUGCUGAGCGCCAUCUGCCUCAUCUGCGGGGACCGGCAGGACCUGGAGGAGCCCGAGCAGGUGGAGCGGCUGCAGGAGCCGCUGCUGGAGGCGCUGAGGGUUUACGCGCGGCGGCGGCGGCCGUCGAAGCCCCACAUGUUCCCCAGAAUGCUGAUGAAGAUCACCGACCUGCGCGGCAUCAGCACCAAAGGCGCUGAGCGUGCCAUCACGCUGAAGAUGGAGAUCCCGGGCCCAAUGCCGCCCCUGAUCCGGGAGAUGCUGGAGAACCCCGAGAUGUUCGAGGAGGAGCCCCCCCCGGACCCCCCCGCAGCCCCCGCCUCGCCCUAGGCCGGGGGAAGCCCCCCCCCCCCCCCCCUCUGCUGCCUUCCGGCCCCCCCGCUGCCGCAGCGCUCUGCUUUUUGGGGGGGCUCCGCAGACUGACGGAGCCGGGGCGGGGGGCGGUCCCCCGCGGUGCCGCUGAUGCCUUAAGCUGGGGGACCCCCCCCCCCCCGUGUGCCCCCACCUCAGCUUCAUGCCAAAGUGCUUGUGGAGGGGGGGCACCGAUGGACAGAAAUUGUCCCCCCCAACUGAACGCCCGUCGCCCCCCUCGCUGGGGGCCCCCCCGCCGUUAUUUAUUCGAAAGGAGCCGGGGGAGGGGGGGGCAUAUCCCGCUUGCCCCCCCCCCCUUCCCCAGUUGGGGGUGUUUUGGGGUGCAGGUUGGACUGCCCCCCCCCUCCCCACUCGCUGUACGAGGUGGGGCCGCAUUUUUAUUGCUGGGUGAUUUUAUAUAGAUAUAGGGGGGGGGAGGGGGGUCCCGGGGGGGGUUCCUGGAUUCUGCUUUUCUAUGCCGGUGGGGGGGGGGGUGGCACAACUCCUCCCCAUCUCCCCCUCCUCCCACCCCCCCCCCCCCAUCCCCCUCGGGCACAGAACACUAUAGAGACCAAAGAGGGGGGGACGUGCUCCCCCCAGCCCCCCCUAUUCGUGGGGGGGGUCCUAAGCCAUAGGAGAACGCAAUGCGGGGGGAGACCUGUCGCCUCCCCCCCCCCCCCCCCCCCUUUCCUUCCCAGGGCAACUUACAAUGGGGGGGCACCCCAAUUGCCCCCCAGGACCAAAUUGACCCCCGCCCCCCAAUGUCUGUUACCCACAGCCCCUCUGGGUGUGGGUGGGUCCUUUUGCGUACCCCCCCGCCCAGUGCUGGAGCAGCCCCCCCCCAUUUUGGGGCCGCUGGGGGGGGGGCAGUCUGUUACACUACACCCGGGAGUGCCCCCACGGGGCAGCUCGUCCCCCCCCCCCCCCCCCCCCGUUAUUUAUUCCUUUGCGUUUACAUCUCCCUGCCGCCAUCCCUCCUCCUUCCCCCCCCCCCCCCGUGCCCGAGCUGCCCCCCCCUCGGGGGGGGCCCCGCAGCCAUGUUUACAGCCCCCCCCAUCCCGGGGGGGGUCGGGGCUUUUCUAUUUUUGCAAAAUAAAGUGAUGGAAACAAAA